CCGGUAUCAGCUCCGUGGCCGGCUUCUCCAUCUUCCUGGUCUGGACCGUGGUCUACAGACAGCCAGGGACCGCGGCCAUGGGGGGGCUCGCAGGUGUGCUGGCGCUGUGGGUGCUGGUGACCCAUGUGAUGUACAUGCAGGACUACUGGCGAACCUGGCUCAAGGGGCUACGUGGCUUCUUCUUCGUGGGCGUCCUCUUCGCCGCCAUCUCGAUUGCCGCCUUCUGCACUUUCCUCGCGCUGGCCAUCACCCAGCACCAGAGCCUCACAGACCCCAGCAGCUACUACCUCUCCUGCGUCUGGAGCUUCAUUUCCUUCAAGUGGGCCUUCCUGCUCAGCCUCUACGCCCACCGAUACCGGGCUGACUUUGCCGACAUCAGCAUCCUCAGCGACUUCUGACCCAGGGCAUAAGCUCUGCACCCUGGGGGUCCUUGGAACCCGGACUCAACCUCUGAGACAUUGGGAGGGCCUUUCCCCACCUGAUGGGGGCCUCAGAACUGUGGCAGAAAACACAGCAGGACAAGUGGUUUCCCAGGAAGCUGCCCCGCCCCCUCUUCGGGGAGACCUGGUGCAAUGGAGAGUAUCUGCCAUGUUGCUCCCCAUCAGCCUGGCUGGAGGGCAGCUGUAGACCUUUCAAAUGGAUCUUUUUCUUAGCGCUCAGUGAAGAAUCUUUGUAAGCAUGGCCGGGAUAGCAAAGCCAAGGAAUCAUGGGAAGGUGGUUUGGCCCUUGUUGUUCCAGGUACUCUUCCUGAGGCCAGGAUGGGAACCUGAGGAAGCCAGGCCAAGUAAGGAAUCUCUUAGUCCUCCACCCCAGCACCCCCAACCUGUCAUCCCAGAGGGUCAGGGAGCUUGACUCAUUGUUCCCAGGGAAGACAACAUUUGGCUCUGUCCCCAAGGCCUGGGAAGUCAAGAGGAGAGUCCAGUGUCCCUCCUCCCACUAUUACACUCUGGACCAGAGUCAGACAGCCAAUUGCCUCUUACACACACACACACGGGCACACAUCCACAUACUCCACAGCAGAACUCCCUGAGUGAGGCCAGACAGGGUCAGAGGGAAUGAUGUGCUCCCAAAAAGGACUUCUGGGAAGGGGCAACAUGGUGUUGGCUGGGGAGCCCCCAGGCCAGUGCCAUGCACUCCAGCCCCCCAUUUACACACUGCCCCUCCUUGCACCAAGACCACCCCAGCCAUGAGAUACCUUCUCUCUCACUCAAGCUCCUCCUCACUGCCCUUCAACUAUAGCUUUCCUCUUUUGAAAAAUCCCUUCUAAAGGACAAGUCUGCUUUUCUGCCCACACACUAGCCCAAGGGCUAACCUAACUCGGGAGGGAAGGGGAUACUCUUCUGCAAGUCUUUUUAUGUCUGAUUGCCAUUCUGCACGGUCUACCCCUUUCCCACCUGAUGUGUCUUGCCCCUCAGCUGUUUGCCUUAUCUGUGUCACUGUCACUUUAGCAGAAAUACAGCGGCCAUUUGUAUCAGC